CCUAUACAAACAAUCAAUAUUUUAUUAAUUUUAAAGUUAUUAUUAAAAUAUUUAUUGAACUAUUAAAUUCUUUCUGUAGAUAUUUUGGAAACUUCAAGUUCCCACAAUUUAUACUUAACAAGAAAAUCAUAAGGUAAUUAAAUAUACCUAAUAUUGGUAUUAUUAUUAAAUUUGCAAAUUGUUACAUUUUUUGUAUUUUCCUUUACGAUUGUUUUUAUUUAACUUAUGUAUUUAUAAUUGUUUAGAAAUAUCGGUGCAGCUAAGAUGGCUUCAUACAUGGUUCAAAAAACUGUUACAUCAAUUUGUACUUGUGGCUUACAGAAACGUUUACCUGACCUGUUUUUCUGCCGUCAUUGUUUAACAUUACGCUGUGACUUCUGUGUAAGUCAUGAAAUUGACACUACUUUUUGUCCACAUUGUUUUGAAAACCUUUCCUCAACUGAAGCUAAACAUAAGAAAAAUCGUUGUGGUUCAUGUCUAGAAUGUCCACGAUGUUUCAAUACUCUUUCGACGCGCUCAUAUUCUAGAAUAUUGGAACCUAAAAAACUCCCUCAAAAAAUGUUUUAUUUACUUUGCUUAUUUUGCAAUUGGCGAUCUCAUGAACCGAAUGUACCUGAUCAACCAACAUCUUCAGGUAACUGGCCAAUUUAUAAAAAUCCUAAUGAUGGCCGUAUUUCAGAUCUUAUCAACUAUUAUAAAUCUCUUUCUUUGAAAGAAGUAUUUGACAAACAGAAAAGAAGUACUAAAAAUUAUGGUCGUAAUUAUAUGCAUUUUUUGGAAAAAUUUGGUUUAAAUGCAAUGAUGGCACGGAAACGUGCUGGACUUCCUAAUUUUUCUAUGGAUGGUACAGGUUAUUGUACACCUCAAAUUACUCCAUCUGAGGCUACUGAAGAUGUUCCAGAACUGUCAGAAGAUACAUUUGAACAAUUGGUAGAUUUAAAACAAAUAUCAACUUUAGAACAACGUUUUGCAACUCCUGAAAUUCAAAAUGAAAAUAUAGAUGAUCUAUUUCCAAUUCGUAAACAUCUUCGUGUGAAGCAUUCAUUACGUUGUCGUGUAUGUGAACAUAAUGUUGUUAAACCAGAAUAUAAUGCCGUGAAAUUUAAAAUAAAGCACUUAGCAUAUUACCAUGUUCCUGAAAUAAAAAUAAUCAAAUGUGAACCAUUACAAGCUGGAAGAUCUAGUUCCUUGAUUCUUAAAUUGUGUAAUCCGGCACAAACAUCUACAAUUGUGUGUUUUGAAAAGAUGGAUUUAGAGGCAAUUAAUAUUGUAAGAGAGCCAAGGCGUCUGGAAGGGGAAGAUCUAGUAGCUACCCCUAAGCAAUUACCGGAACCAAUUCCUAUUACAUUAGAACUACAGGGGGAUAUUAUAAUUCCUGAAGGUGAAAUUAAAAUUGCAGCUAGAGAUGAUACAGCUGAGUAUGAUGAUACAAAUGAAGUAAACACUGAUAACGACGAUCCAAAAUAUGUUUAUUGGAGAAAAGGCAACAAAGUUGCAUUAAAAUUUGAAGUGAAGCCUUAUGAUAAUUUUGAAAUUAAUGAAAAUGUCCGUGUAGGAUUUAUUAUGAAUUUCAUGUAUUUAGAUACAAUGUCGCAUGUAAUUAAUCAAAAACAACCUCAAAGUGUAUCGGUGCCCAUAAAGAUUGUACUUGAUUUACCUAAUCAUAACUAACAAAAAAUUAAAUUUAGUAUUUUAAAAAACAUUCAAUAUUAUCAUUUUGUAAAUACCUUUAUUAUGUAUAGUUUUGUAAGUACUUUAUAAAACGCAUUUAUAGUUGUUACUAUUAAUCAUUAUUUUUCUUAUAAUACAUAAAUUAAAUAACAAAUAUUCAUUGAAUCUAUAACAAAAUAUUGUAUUAAAUAUUCAUACACAAUGUACAAAUACUCAAUUUAUUUUAUGUUAAGAAAAUAUGGUUUCAUUUAAUAACAAACUAUACUAAUUAAAAAAUAUAAUUUAAAUAUUUAUAGAUGGAAAAUUUUGCUUUGUGAAUAUUUUUAGAAAUAACUAUCAAGGUUUAAAAUAUUUAAAUAUUAUUUAUAGUUUAAAAUUUAAUAUAAUGAUAUAACCAUCUGAAUAAAAUUGUGUUCACCUUUACAUAUUAAGGCUUUAAAAUAUUCUUUACUGUGGAGUUUAUGUACUUACUAAUAACUUGUUAGUUCUUUAUACCUUUAAAAAUAUAUUAUUUUUUUAAAUUUUAAUUGUUUAUCAGUUUAAUAG